AUGCGGCCUGACCGAAGCGAUGAAGAUGAUAACCCAGCUAUUCAUUAUGGCUUGAUUGCAUCUGCAAACCAACUGAUGAAGGAUGCCUUGGUCCGAGACAAACUCUCUGCUGAGAAGGAUGUCCUCUGCUUUGAAAUGGAAGCUGCAGGACUGAUGAACCACUUCCCAUGCCUCGUCAUACGGGGUAUCUGCGACUACUCAGACUCCCACAAGAACAAAGAAUGGCAAGGAUAUGCUGCAAUGGCUGCGGCUGCCUAUGCUAAAGACCUCCUCUCUCGCAUUCUCCCAAUUAAAAUUGAAGCAGAGAAGAGGAUCGGGGAUGUACUUUCUUCUGAAUUCAUAGUCGAAAAGAACAUCAUAAAAGAAGUGCAUAAUACUGCUCAACAGACAAAUACUGCCAUCGACAUUUUAGAUAGUGACCGACGGCGUGAGAAAGUAAUUGCAAAGCUGCCGUAUGCAAAAGGCUCCACAUUUGACUCUUUUGAUGGGGCCCUUGAUUCAAGAUGCCAUCCCGAAACAAGAAUUGACUUGCGCCGUCAAAUCAAAGAAUGGGCAGAAAACGGACAAGGGAAGUCCAUUUUCUGGCUGAAGGGAAUGGCUGGUACUGGAAAAUCAACAAUUUCUCGAACAGUAGCCGAGUCCUUAGAAAAGGAAGGGAAACUAGGAGCCAGCUUCUUCUUCAAACGAGGGGAGGCUGAUCGGAGCAGUGUGGCGAUGCUUUUUACCACAAUUUGUGCUCAACUCUUGGUCAAGAUUCUGUUGCUGAUAGCUCAUGUCGAAACAGCGAUUGAUGCUGAUCUAAAUAUAUCUGACAAGUCGAUGGGGGAGCAAUUUGAGAAACUUAUCUGUCAACCUCUGUCACAGAUUCGGGGUCACCUCCCCUUAGCGUCCAAGCUCAUCAUAAUUAUUGAUGCCUUAGAUGAAUGUGCGCGGGAUGGAGACACUUUCCUUCGCCUUUUAUCACAAACGAGGAAUAAAUGGUCACCGAGCUUGCAGAUAUUUAUCACGAGCAGACCGGAGCAGCAAAUUCGAUCUGGGUUUGCAGAAGUGCCCGAAGAGAUACGCGAGAAUAUAGAGCUUCAUGAAAUACCGCAGCCUAUCAUUAAGCAAGACAUUACCACUUUCUUGGAACACAGGUUUGCGCAAAUCCAGAAGAAAUAUACGAAAGAUGGCCGGUCACUCCCAUCCGAUUGGCCUGGCCUAGAGGCGAUGUUGGCCUUGGUUGAUAUGGCUGUUCCACUCUUUAUUUUUGCUGCUACUCUUUGCCGAUUUAUUGAAGAUGAAGUGUAUUCUAACCCCACAGACCAGCUGAAAAAGGUUCUUAAGUAUCGAAAGAUGAAAAGUGACUCUGAAAUGGAUAAGCUGGAUGUCACUUACUCUCCAAUUCUGAAGCAGUUGAUCGAUGGACGCCCAGAAAAGGCGCAGAAAUCACUAGUGAAGAGAUUCCAAAUCAUUGUAGGCACAAUCGUGCACUUAGCUGAACCACUUUCACGAUCAUCUCUGGCAACUUUGCUGGAUAUUGAUAACCAACAGAUUGAAGGACAGCUCUCGUCCCUGCAUUCUGUCCUUAGUGUGCCGUCCUCUGCCGAAUCUCCCAUAAGGAUGUUGCACCUGUCAUUCCGUGAUUUCCUUGUUGAUGCUGACAGACGCGACACAAACUUAUUCUGGGUAGACGAGGCGGAAACUCACAAGAUGAUCAUGACCAAGUGCCUUGACCGAAUGUCUCAACGGGGUUAUCUGCAAGAAAAUAUAUGCAAUCUGCCAGACCACGGAACACUACGAGCUGAGAUCGACAACAGAAUUAUAACCAACUACUUGCCACCAGACGUGCAAUAUGCUUGCCGCUUUUGGGUAUACCAUUUAAAAGAAAGUCAGUCGUACAUCAAUGACAAGGAUCCAGUCCAUAGGUUUCUACUGGACCACUUUUUACAUUGGCUGGAAUCAUUGAGCCUUUUAGGAAGAAUUAUGGAAAGUGUUCACCUAAUCCGUACAUUACAAACUCUGGUUCAUGAUAAAAAUAUGGAAAUAUCCAAAUUACUCAGUGACGCAAUGCGAUUUGCCCGAAGACACAGCUCAAUAAUUGACCGCGCACCUCUUCAGGUGUAUUCAUCUGCUCUUAUUUUCAGCCCUAUGACAAGUAUAAUUAGAAAUUUUUAUAUCAAUAAAAUUCCUCAUUGGAUUGAAAAGUUGCCAGAAGUCGAGUCAGCUUGGAGUGCAGUGUUACAGACCCUUGAAGGCCACUCCGAUUCGGUUUCCACAGUGGCAUUCUCUCCGGAUGGCACACUGCUGGCCUCAUGUUCUCGUGAUGAUACCACCGUCAAGCUGUGGGAUCCAGCGACUGGCAGCCUCCAGCAAACCCUCGAAGACCACUCUCGUUCGGUUUCCACAGUGGCGUUCUCUGCGGAUGGUAAAUUCCUAGUCACUGAUCAAUGACGCUUCAAUAUUGGACAUCUUUGUGUUCGCAAUACCUCUCCAACAGCAAGUGGUCUCUGCAAUAAUGUAUCAUUAAAGAAUGAAUGGGUGGCUCGAAAUGAUACUAAUGUCAUUUGGUUGCCAGUUGAAUAUCGAGCAACAUGUUCUGCUGUCUAUGAGAGCACGCUUGUUUUAGGACA